AUGGGUUCGGUAAGGAAAUCACCAAAGCAUUCAGGAAGCAGCCCUGAGCACGCGAUUCCCAGCGGGAAUGUACCAAUCUUCUUACCCGAGUGUGGCCGUCUGUCCCUUAUCCUCUUAGGUGUGGCCUUCAUCCUUGCCUCACUCAUAUCUAUCGGGGUAUUCACCGAUCUCUAUAAUGUGUUCCGAUGGUGGCCCUACGGUGCUGUCUGUUUGAUAGGUUUCGUCGUCGGAGCGGUCAUUGUCGGUCUCGGCUGCCGAUGUUGGUUGAAGGAACCAAUCAUCACAGCAUCGGUCCAGAUGAAGAUGCUCCAAGAACUCGAUCGCGCCGAGCAGGAGGCUAAACUAAAGAAACGGGAUUCCAUCAGAAGGAUUUACCACAAGAUGUCGCCGCUCAGGGGGAGCGACCGACGCGGACAGACCAGUAGUGUCUCGGCCGAAGCUGAGUUUGAUCCCGAUGAACUCUGUAAGCGCAGUAUUGUCCUCUUCUACUCGCUUCCCCUCGCUACCAUUUGCUUGAUUGUUAUCAUCGUACUCGUGCACCACUAUCGCUGGAAAGUGAAGUAUAAGAUCUUUCUGCUGAAACUUGCGGCUCUUGGGUACAAGGAGUUACGAGACGCCCGAGACCAUGUUGACUUUGAGUUUGACUUGAAUAUCAUCUUCUACGACGAUGACGAAGAAUGGAUUCGGGAGCAUCUUCGACCAGCUCUUAAAGCUCAGCUGCCGCAGUUUCGGAGGAACGUCUUUGGUGACGAAGACCUCGUUGUAGGAAUGCAUUACUUGGACUCCGUUGACUACGUUGUUAGCCAUAGUUACAAGACCAUCAUUCUACUCAGCCGAGCCGCUGUGCAUGAUCGCUGGUUCAUGCUCAAGCUUCGCACCGCGAUGGACCAUGUUAGUGAUACCCAGACCGAAUUUGUAGUCGUGGUCUUUCUCGAAGACAUCCCAGACGAGGAGAUACCAUUCUUAGCCAGGUUGUACCUCAGUGAUGGUAGACCAUAUCUCUACUGGACUGGUGACCUGGAGAUGCAACGGGGACUGCUUCUCGUGUGUGGCACGAUCAGAUAUGCCUCCUUCGAUCGAAAUCAAAUAGAAGACCUCACUGUAGAAAGUUUUAACUUUGUGUGCCACGCUACGGCCCUGUUUCUAGCAGGAAACCCCAUCAAAUCGGUCGAUCCUAAAGUGAUUGCAUCACUGCAUGUGCGACGAUUGCAUCUGGGAGACUACCCCUUGAACUCAGAGGUGAUGAGAAACGUAUUCAUCGGCGUUGCCCAUUCUGAAAUAGAAUAUCUUUCAGUUGAGAAUGCUUCUUUGAAUGCAUUGCCAAAAGAUUUCUUUGACCCGCUGCUGGAUAAAUAUUUGUCUGUGCUCGACCUGACCGACAACUACGUCUAUCCCAUCGUCUUUUCGAAUCUGACCAAAAUAGAUGAACUUAUCUUGUACGGUAAUCGUAUAGAUAUAAUCGAACCAAACUUAUUUGACGGCAUGGAGAAGAUUAAAGUACUGUAUUUCAACAACAACCGCAUACGUCAUAUCAACCCCCGGAAUCACACAUGGAACAUAGGUGUUCUGGAAUUACACUUGCAAAUUAAUCUUUUGACAGUGAUUUCUCAAUCUGCGUUUCUCGGUUUAGAAAAUCUAACCUUCAUAGAUUUAAGUUAUAACAAGCUCCUUGUGUUUGAACAAACGGCCUUUACAGACCUUCGUAGAAUUCAAACCAUCCAUGUACGGUAUUGUAGUAUUUUCCGUUGGCAAUUGGAAUCAUCAACACUAAGGUCACUGACCUUGAAAAACACCAGGAUCCAUUUAAAACCAAGCGAAUCUUUUAAACAGUCACUAUUCCUGGAGCAUCUUGAUUUGAGCAGCACGGAUCUUGGGACGUUGAAUGUAUGGGAUGCGACUAUGAAUAUCUCUCUUUUUGACGGACUCUUCAACCUAACGACUUUGGACCUGAGUAGAAACCAUCUUCUUGGCCGUGAAGGUGCCUUGACAACUGGGGUUUUCCGGCAACUCUCUGCUUUACAACAGCUCUAUUUACACGAUUGCGAUGUGACAACCUUGAAUCCAAAUGUCUUUAAAGGACUGGGGCAAGUAACAAUCAUCAAUCUUGACGAUAACAAUUUAGCAUACCUCGAAGACAGCAUAUUUUUGAACAAUCCUAAGUUGACAAGUAUUGCGUUAUCAUGCAAUAACUUGACUCAUCUCAAACUAAGCACUUUUCAACCGAUCAUCUCAUCCCUCUCAUCUCUCGAUCUUUCAAUGAACCCAAUUGUCUGUAACUGUGAUCUUAAGUGGCUCCCCAGUUUGCUCAAUGGACAAUUUAUGCUCAUCAAUGCAGAUUACACCAUCUGUUCCGAAGGAUCUUUAGAUCCGGCUCGCGCGAGACCUCUUCUUCAGUUUGAUCCCGAUGAACUCUGUGAGCGCAGUAUUGUCCUCUUCUACUCGCUUCCACUCGCUUCCAUGUUUAUCGUACUCGUACACCACUAUCGCUGGAAGGUGAAGAAUAAGAUCUUUCUGCUGAAACUUGCGGCUCUCGGGUACAGGGAGGUGCGAGACGCCCGAGAUCACAUUGACUUUGAGUUCGACUUGAAUUUCAUCUUCUACGACGAUGACGAAGAAUGGAUUCGGGAGCAUCUUCGAGCAGCUCUUGCAGAUCAGCUGCCGCAGUUUCACAGGAACGUCUUUGGCGAUGGAGACCUCGUUGUAGGAAUGCAUUACUUGGACUCCGUUGACUACGUUGUGAGCCACAGUUACAAGACCAUCAUUCUGCUCAGCAGAGCCGCUGUGCAUGAUCGCUGGUUCAUGCUCAAGCUCCGCACCGCGCCAUGUAAGUGA